AUGGAGAGGCAGGGCAGUCUGCCUCUCUUCCUGCCUGCCUUGCUUAUGCUGUCUGCUUGCUUGCUUGCCCAUCUGAGGGUAGAUGCUCACAUCCCAUUUCUGUCUUUGGGAACAUUCUCUCCCGAGAGAGCUGCCUUACUGGGUGAUUUAGCUUGGCCUGGAGAGGGAAGGGGAGGGAGGGAGGAUAAGAGAAGAAGGGUAGGCAGACUGAGAUUCCACAUGAAGUGGAAUCCUUUUAGGGGGUGGGAAAGAAGCAGACCAGGUAUGUGUGUGUGUGUGCCUGUGUGUGUGUGUUUAUGUUUGUACUUACAUGUAUGUAACAGAGCAGGGGUGAAGGCGGGUGGGAAGGGAGGGAGGGAGGGACUAAGGGGGAAACUAAGAAAUGAAUUUAUCUUUUGUAAAAUGGAAAUCAGAGUGUGGUGGUUCAUGGCAACUAUUAGUAUGAACAUCAGGGUGAGCCCAGGAGAAGAGCCAUGGAAACCACAAGUUUCCUUCUACUUGGGUGAAGACAAGGCCCAGCUAACCCAUGUCCCUGGUUAUCAGAGCCAAACUUGUUUUAAAAUUUGGGGGAAAUUAUUAGAGAAAAUGGGCAUUACCAAUCUGUGUCUCUUUCCCCAGUGGCUGUCUCUGAGCAGAUCUCCCUUUCUGGGGUGUGAGAUUGUCUGUGUGCAGACACUGGGAGGAAGAAGCAUUGCAGUGUGUGAGUGGGAGGUCAUGGAGUUGCGGCCAGAAAAAACAUUCUUCACAAAGUUGGAACUGAGCCCCCAGCUGCCUGUUCUGGUGGCCUUUCCUUCUCCUUCUCCAUUAGAGAGCUCCAUGUUAAUUUAUUUCUUAUGGGCAAUUAUUUAUUAUUUGGACUUUUCAUGUGUCUUGGUUCUUUUUUGGGGGGUGGGAGGGGAGGUUAGGGUAAGGAAGGUAGGAGAUGGGAAGGGAAAUUUUAAGAUAUCUCAGACCCCAUAGCUGCUGGUGAAUAAAUCCUGGGUAGAUGGUGAAUUGACCAAGGAAAGAAAGUUAGGCUUGACCAAGGUUUACACUAAACAGCUAUGUUUUCAGGAAAUGGCCUCUCAGGAAGAUCAGGGAAUCCUGUGACUGGAUAGUUAGUGAUGGUGAGACUCAUUCCACAGUGCUUGAAAUUUCGGAUCAUGGAGUUUGCAAUUGGGAAGUAAGUGACCCCAAAUUUGGAGCUGUGUCCUCCUGGAACGACCUUAGGGACAGGCUCUCUAUGCUGACUAGUGAAGCUGUGUGUAGGUGGCUGCUGGGUUGAGGGAACAGACUGUUGAUUUCCUAUUGGGAAAUGUCUUGGCUUCCUCAACCUAUCAGAUGAUCAUUGUGGGCCUGGUGUCUGCUACCUCCAUCCUCUUUGAAGGAACAUGGAGGAGCCCUUCCUCUGUAGGAGACUUAAAUCGUCUUAAAAGAAUACAUCAGUCAUUCUGGGUCUCCGCCGGGGGCGGGGGGGCAUCUAGGCAUUAAGCAUAAACACUGGUUGUCUUCAUAUUGUCUUUUUCCCCCCUGCUGCUGAGACCUUGCUGGGCAGUUCUUUAUGAUGAACAAACCCUGUCUGGCUUUAGAGGUUUACCACCUAUCCAUGGGUCCCUCCUCACUGGGCAGCUGCUGCACCUGCCUCUUCCAAGCCCUGGAGGCAGCUUAGCCAGCUCACCCCUAGUAGUAGCUGCUUGCUUCUGCAACUCUUCUGACCAGCCUGUUUCCAUUGUUGGGGAGUCUUAGCGCACUCCGGCAUAUUAUCCCCAGAGAAGAGACAAGGAGAUGGCUGAUGGGGGUGUGUGUGCGUGUGUGUGUGUUUGUUUGUGCACUGUUCAGUUACACCAAAAGUGGAACUUAGAGAGCUUGCUUUCUGUAUUUUCAUAAGCACCCUGUCAGACACUUAACUCUCCUACUCAUAGAAGCCUUAGACCUACAAUUUAGCUAUGCAAAUUAUUUUAAUAAUUUAAAAACAGCAGUUCCAACCAGUGCUUUCUCUUUCAGAUGCAUCCCAAGAAUGAAUGAUGAAGGGACUCAGUUGGAGUGGGCUCUCAGGUUGAGGCUGGUUAAUGGGAGUAAGUUAGCCUGGAUCUCUGAUUUGCAGAGCACACUCACAACCUGGGUUACAACUGAUGCCUCUAAGGCUCUGGAGCACUGGGAUCCCAGAAAUUGUGUGUGUGUGUGUGUGUAUGUGUGGAAGGAAGGGCAUUUCUGUGUUCACCUCUAGGAAAUCACAGCAGCAAGCUCUGAGAAUCCAGAAACUAUCCCAGCAAGGAACCGAAACCAGUCACUGGAGGGAUGGGCUUUUGAAGGUACCGGCAAGUGAAUGGGUGUUCUGAGUGGCAGCAUGUGCCUGCUCUCUACCCAGUGGUUCCAUGGGCUGGGUCUUGCUUCAACUCAGGAGAGGCCAUAGUUUUGGGAGGCUGACCUGGCUAGACAAGAUUUUCUUUGAUAUGUGCAGCUUAUAUUGUGUAAGGGGGUAGGGCUGGGAUCAUGGGAAAUUAAGAGUGCUACUGGUUCCAUGGUUUGUUUCGUUGUUGUUUUUUUUAUUGAACCUGAAAAUACUUCUCUGACUUUUCUGCCGUCUCUUUCUGUGUGCUGGUAGGCAAGCGUGCACGCACACCAAACAUAAGCAUAUGUGUGAAGGUAGCAGGAAAUGUCUCAGAGCCCAAGAACCAUGUUUUACAGUUUCUUGGAUCAGAAACACUUGGUGGUGAUGUCCACGCACCGUCCAGACCUGAGUAAGGGAAGGAUGGUGGUAAGAGGGAGGGCAGAAGAUCAGGUCUAGGUAUCUUCCCUCACUACUGUCUUCCAUAGAAUGUUUUCAAGGGCCUUUCAAGCCCCAUCUGUCUGGUUUAGCCUAAAUCCUCAGCCUAGGGAAUAUAGUACAAUUUAAUAAUUCAGGAUUACCAUUUGUAAUAAUGCUUGAUUUCCUUUUCUCAGUAUCUUUGUAGAUAAAAAUUCAACAGAGACAGAUUAGCCAUUUAAUUGAGAAAGUAAGUGAACCAUGUUGGAUCCAGAUAUUUUUCUUCAGAUUAGAUAUCUGCAAAGUUUUCACCCCCUUGAGUUAUGCUUCUUAAGCAUCUAUCUUAAGCAUCUUUUGACUUAAGGAUGUCUCUGGUCCUUGGAACUCUAUUCCCUAGGAAUUAGUGUGUGGAAUCACUAUAUACUUGUGAUUCACAACUAAAUAUGAAAAUUUCCCACUCCAGGACAUGAAGCAAAUCGUUGGGGUAAUAUUUUGCUGAUAGGUUGAAACGCUCAACCAAACUUUAGCAGUCUGGGUAGGACUUGUCACUCCCAAAGCACUCAGCAGAGCAAGGUUCUCUGCUUGUCUAUUCAUGCCUGGCAUUUCUCUGGAACUUAGUCCUCAUCCCAUGGGGAAGGUCUUCUGGGGCUUUACAUUCCUUGUUCCUAGUGUUCCUGGCCAUGACCCCCUUGUGCUUCCCAGUUCCCUGUGAUUCCACAGAAGACCAGUCUCUCCUUUCUGAGCCAUGGCCUCCUAUGCACCCAGCUCAGUGACUCUUCCCCCAUCAAAACUCCUGAGAGAAGAGCUCCUUCCCCCAUUAGUUCCCCAAGAGACUUUCUGGCUCUCUGCUGACUGUUCCCAAGAAAUCCACACCUCAAGGUCUGCCUGAGAAGGCUAUGCUCUCCAUCAGUCACCUUCAGACUCUAUUUCCCUCCUACUGACUCUUCUCUGCUGUCCUGUGUAUUCCACUGUGACCCCUUAAUGUCUGUUCUGUGCCACUGGCUUGGCCGUGGGCCUUUUAUGAAUACCCGAGUCUUACGAUGAACUUCCUGAGCAGGCAGUGUCCAACUUCUUUGCUCUUCAGGGACCUUAGUCUGCUCCUUUCCUCUCUCAGAGGUCUAUUUGAUAUAGUAAUCUAGUGCAUUGGAGAGAGGUAGCUAGACAGGCUGCAGAGUCUGUAGGGCUGGGGGCUGGGAGUGAUUUGGGUACUCUCUGUUACCACUACUGGGAUAAUAUUCAGAAAAGAGGGGACCUCAUACUGUGACCUGACCCAGGGCCCUCCCCAGGAAGAGAGCUCAGCCCAGGUGUGUGUGUGUGUGUGUGUGUGUGUGUGUGUGUGUGUGUGUGUGUGUGUGUGUGAGAGAGAGAGAGACAGAGUGUAUGUGUGCACACGCAUGCUCUUGUGCACUUGGGUGUAAACUGUUAUCUGGUUGUGUUACUCAGGGUGGGCUGGGGACUCACCAGAAGAAUCCCCUCAGCCCGCCCAAGACUGUUUUUUUCCUGUACCCUCUCCAGAGGGGUCGGGGAAGGGGGUCCAGGUGGGUUGUGGGGGUCACAAUGGAUAACCACUAAGGCCACACUGCUGCCAGGAGGAGUGGGGUGGGGGAGAGAUGAGGUGGCCCCAGGGACCUGGCACCUGGCUUUGGUUUUCCAUCUUCUUUCUUCAGGACACCCCCUGAGGCCUGGGACCUGCGCCUGGCUUUGAGGAACAUCUGUAGCUGGGUGUUCCAGCUGCUGGUGUGAUCAUGGGCUUCCCUCCUCUCUCAGCAGGGCAGGUGCUCCUGCCCCAGAGACUGGGCAACUGGCUGUUUCUAUGACGUAUUUAUUUUUACUUGUGUUUCAUGUCACUUUUUUAAAAAAGCAAACAGAACAAUUGUAAGUCAGUAUAACUGCCUAUCAGUUUAUUUCUCUUUUUGUAAAAUAAAAUUUAAACUGAA